UAGUCAAAGUAUAAUAUUUAACAAACUUUUGAUUCAAAUAAAAUAACGAAUGACACAAGAGAAGUUUUCAAAGAUGUUACGAGAAAGAAGAAUGUUCGUCAUGUGCAAUGCUUAUUCGAAGCUGAUAAUGCUAUAGCUACUGUAGCAAGGGUAUUGAAUUGUCCUGUAUUGAGUUAUGAUUCAGAUUUUUAUGUGUUUGGGACAUUGUACAUACCAUUUGAUACAUUGGACAAUUACACGAGGUCUAAGUCAAUCUACACUGCCAUUAGCUGCAAUAUUACUAGGCAAUGAUUAUGUAAAACAUGGUACAUUUAAAAACUUCUUUCGUUAUUUAAAGUUACGACGAAUAAGAAGAAAAAGGUAUAGUAAUCGACAGUAUUGUAUAGAAGCAACUUUACAAUGGUUGAGCAGGUUUUACACCUUGGACAGAGCAGUCAUUGGAAUACUAUGUAGAUCACCUAAAACCGAAUAUGCAGCUCGUGCCACAACACGUUCCAUAAACAGAAUUUUUAAAUUUGAUGGGGAUGUUAAUAGUCUAAUGUACAUAGAAGAAACUGAUAAAAAUGGAGACUUUGAAUCAGCCGAAGAAGAAGAAGAAGAGGAAGAAAACGAAAUGAAUUUCUUAUGGGCAAUUAUCCUGCAUAUUUCAUGGACUUGUUGGUUCGACGUUUAUAUAUUUGUCCUGUACAAAUAGAGGAUUAUUCCUAUCCAUUGAGCAAUGUAAUAAGUUUAAAAAUUAUUAGAGUUAUAUAUGCAUUUCUGUAAUCAGGAAUGAAUAGAAAGAGAGGUUUCAUGAAAUACAUGAUGAGAGACUGUAAUAAAAAGCUUAAAUGUUACGAACUAGAAGGCACUGACACUAAAUUUUCUUCCCCAUUACUGUCCCUAUCUAAUCUUAGAGAAGUACCAUUAACGAGUCCAGGAUUAAAAAAUAAUGUACAAACAUGCGUCAUUGAUUUUUCAUUACCAUUUGAAUUUAAAUUCAAGUUAUAUAGACACAAAUAUAUAAGCAAAGCCCAUAUUGAAUGAA